GUCUCCUCCUUUCCUGGUGCUACACUCCACAGCUCGAGUUCUUUUUUCUUGCAAGUUGAAUCUCUUUACCUUCACAAUUUCCCUUUGUGGUUCAUCUGAUUUCAGUCCAAAAUCCCCCCAAAAAGAGCUCAAUCUGCUGGAAAUUUAAAAGGGUCAUCUUCAAAUACUUCAAUUUCUUAUAAUCUUGAAGUCUAUAGCUCAAAGGUAACAUCUUUAUCUUCCCAUAACCAAGAAGGUUCAAAUGUUGCAUACAGAACCAUCAUUUUGUAUAUAUAGUUCUGAAGAAAAUCAAGAUUUUGUGGAAAAUGAUGGGCAGAUAGUAAGGUCUGUGAUAAUAGGGGAUAAUAUAUCAGAUAUAGGUGGUACUGAUUUCAGCUUUGGGGAAAAGGGAAUGGGGUUGAUUGAGGAAGGUGAAAAUGAAGAAGAUGAAAAAGAAAGGGUUUUUGAUGGGGUUAAUGAACUUGGAAUUGAAGAGAGUGAAGAAGUAAUUAGCCCAAUGUACCUUGCUACUGGAUUUGGGGUUGAUGGCAAUGUUGUAAAUAGUGGUGGUGUUGAGUUUGCACCUUCAGAUUUUGAUGGAAAUGGAGAUGUUGAGGAAUAUUAUAAAAGGGUUCUUAAAGAAGAGCCUUCCAACCCUUUGUUCUUAAGGAAUUAUGCUCAAAUUUUGCAGUCAAAGGGAGAUCUUUCUGGAGCUGAGCAUUAUUACUUUCAAGCUACACUAGCAGAUCCAAAAGAUGGAGAUACCUUGUCACAGUAUGCUAAAUUGGUAUGGGAGCUGCACCGUGAUAAAGAUAUUGCAUCGGAUUACUUUGAACGUGCAGUUCAUGCUGCUCCUGAAAACAGCGAUGUUCUUGCAGCAUAUGCCUGUUUUCUUUGGGAUAUCAAUGAUGACGAAAGUGAGGACGAAAUGAACAUGCAGAGUGAUAAGACUAAGAUUGAGGUGACUGAGGAAGCUACUGCAUCACGAGACCUGCAUUACGAAGAAGAUAACAGACGUGUUAGCUCUCCCUUACAUCUUGCAGCAGGACUUGGAAUUGGGGAUAAUAGAGUUGGUGGUGACUCUCCCGUUGAUUAUACUGCAGCUGUAUCUGAUAUGGACGGAAAUGCUGAGGAGUACUACAGGAGAAUGAUCAAAGAAAAUCCUCAUAACCCCUUGCUUUUAAGAAACUAUGCUCAGUUUCUUUGUCAGCAGAACAAGGGAGACCUAGUAGGUGCUGAAGAAUAUUACUCUCGUGCAAUACUAGCGGAUCCUACUGAUGGAGAAACUAUUUCACAUUAUGCCAUGUUGAUAUGGCAACUUCAUCGUGACAAAUCUAAAGCCUCAUCCUACUUUAAGAGGGCAGUUCAAGCUUCUCCAGAAAACAGCGACGUGCUUGCUGCAUAUGCUAGAUUUCUCUGGGAAACAGAGGAAGAUGAAGAUGAAGAAGACAAAGAUGAAACAUUAGGCAAUCACAAUGGAGCACCACUUCUUCAAGGAGUUGUGGCUGCAAAUGCCUAAAUCCUGACACAACAAUGGAUUCACAAUCAGCUUCUGAUUUCUUUUCUCACCCAAUUUUAACCAUAAUAGUAAUAGUUUUUCUUAAGUUUUCGGCCAAUCUAAAGACUUAUAUCUUCCUCUUGUUGUGGAGAUCCAGCAUUUAAGAUUGGAACAAUUUUUAAAUGUAAAUGUGGUAUAGUGAGCAAUAAAUAUGUGAGAAUAUUAGCAGAAGAUGAAAGACAGAAUUACACUUGAUGAGUCUGCAUACAUUAGGCACUCUAGUGUUGCAGCGACCAAAAUUUCUCAUAUGGAAUCAUGUUAUUGUUUUUCCA